AUGGUUGAGCAACAACUCCAAGACAUAAAAACGGCUUUUCUCGCGACCUUGAUCAAUGAUGGCGGCGAUGACGCCAAAUGGAAAGCCUAUUGCACCGGUAGUCUAAAGACAGAGUUGACUCUAUUGGUGAAGUACUCGGCUAUGGAUAAGCAAUGGCUGUGUGGACAGUUGUCUUACGUGGACUUCAUGGCCUACGAGAUGUUGGACGGCAUGAGAGCGCACUACACAAACGUCGACAGGUGUCGCACUUUCACGCAAUACUGUGAGCGCUUUGAAGCACUUCCAGCUAUUAAAGCCUACCGGAGCUCAUCUGAGUUCACAUCUGGCCAAUGA